AUCAAUCAUUGGUUGAAAAAGUGCCACUGGUUAGAAACAAAUAUGUCUCAAAUGACUGUGGCAAAACAAUAAAAAUAGCAAGUUGUUGAAUAACUACCUUAAGUGAAAAGUGACGUGCAUCGAUUAAAGGUGUUUUAAUUUUGUUUGCUCACAAAGUGUUAUAAAAACUUAAAAGUUUUAUUUUAUUAUGGAUAAGGAUAUUGAAAAGACGCGAUUUGAAAAACUAGGUUUUAAUCCACAAAAGGAAAAUAUUUAUAACAAAUUACUACCCUAUGCAGAAGAACUGGAUGAAGAAUCAAAGAAAUUGUUUACGGAUAUUAAAACUAACCUGGUUAAAGCUGUUCUGGCCAGAGAAAUGCGGCCUGGAUGCGCCCUAUGGACCUCUAGACUAAACAAGUACAUCAAAAUUUAUGGAAUGAAGUUUUCAAAAGAAGACCAUAUUGCCUUAAUUAAGCUAUUUUAUGAAUUAGUUACCAUUCCAGAUUUAGAACCUACACGAAUUAAUAAAUGUGCUACAACUCUUAUACAGUUGCUCAAAAAAAAAUACCUCCUAACUAGAGAUGAACUGCAAUUGGAAUGGAGACCACUAUAUAAUUUGUGUGUUAGAGUGAUGGAGAAAAGUAAAACUGAUAUUGGAAUGUAUAGAUAUUUUUCAACAUUCGAACACACCAUUUUUCAUGUCAUUAGAGCUUCUAAAGUUUAUUUCCCGGCUUCUGCUACCCAAGAAAUCUUAGAUGAAUUUAGACCGAGACUAUGCCCCUUUAAUGUAUCAGACAUAUCCAAUACAAUACAGUAUUUAGAGCUAUUUCUACCCUACAGUAUGAAACCAGAGGAAGCAGAUAUCAGUUAUAAGUUAUGGUUUGAGGAAUUUAUGACGUUUUGGGAUGUUUGCCAUAAUGCUUGUGCUUGGGAAAAUCAUAUGAUGUGGAUAAUGACUAGCAUAGCACGAUUCCAGAUAGGAUACAUUGAUUGGGAGCCAUAUGUACCAACAAUGUUUGUUCGUUUUCAAAGGACUUUGCAGCUGCCAGUAACCUUUAAACAAAGACAGUUGGGAAAGCAACAUAAAAUUGAUACAUCUGCUAUGGCUAUUUGGAUAAUUUGUGCCUUAAAUGGUAACAAUAAUACUGCAUUUUUUCAUUUUGAAAAAUUAAUGCAGAGCUUAGAAUCUUAUUAUCAUCCUGCCAAUACUGGAAGAUGGACACCUAAGCUCAGAGAACUUUUAAGACAGUUAUCUUAUUAUUUUAUUCAGCGUGUCCACUGCGAACGUUACAAAACACCAUCGUGGGAGUUCCACGUUCCAGAUCACUACAAACUUACUGAUGAAAAUAUAGAUAAAUUUGUAAAUAUAUUAAAGCCUUGCAUAGAACAAGCUAUGUUUUCUAGAAUGGGUUCCCAGGAUACUAGUUUAGCACUGCAGUAUCUGGCUUCUUUGAGACCUAAUAUUAUCAUUCCGAUGACUUUGGAUAAACUAUAUUCAUCAAUGUAUAGUUUAACUGAACCUCACAAGUUAACGUCAUCUAUGAUGGGUGUAAUUGCCGUAGGAAGAUACAUGGUACAAGGUUCACGUAACAACUUUCCUGAAGGUCCCACCCAUGUGAUACCUCUUUUAAUGGAAUUACUUCCUGGUAUAGAUCCUAAUGACAUAAGGAAGUCAUAUGUGACCUUCAACUUUAUAGUACAUUUCGUAAAUAUGAUUCCGUUAAUCAACUCAUCGGAAGCAAGUAAUUAUCAUAAUCUAACAGAAGAAGAGCACGUUAUUUGUGAAGCCACAGCUGGCUUAGAGGAUUUUGUUCUUCAAUUUUUUGAUAGAAUCUGCACAUGGGUGGAAUCAAGCUCAUUAGAUUUUGUUCGUUUAGAACAAAUGACAAAUAACCACAACGUUAAAAAUCGAGCUGAAACAAUAUCCGAAAGUGCGUUAGGUACUGUUGUUGCUGUUGUUUUGAAUCAGUGCUCUCCAGAUAUUUUCAAAAGUGCUUUAAAAAAAAUGUACAAUUUUGUUACAAAUAAAAUAAUGGAGGUACAAGUUUCUGGAAAAAUGUUGGCAGUAUGUUGCCAUUGUUUUGCCAGGGUCAAUCCCAAGGAAACUUUGAAAUUAUUUAUACCGUACUUAUGUGACACCAUUGAACAAUUACUAAAUGAAAACCCCAAUAUUGCAAAAGAGGAACAUAUUGGUGACGAGUUUCUUUACAAUCUUUUAAUUCUCUCAGAGUUGACAGAUGGGAGAUCAGAACUAAUCCAUUAUAUGGAUAGAUUGACAAAGGUUUUGGACAAGACCUUACAUAUGGCAUGUUUAAGUGCAAGCCAACUAGCUUCAAGAAUGCUAGACAUAAUAAUGGCUUCUCUUACAAGCAUUCAACCGACAGAAGUCAGAAGUUCAUCUUUUGACUAUUCAACGCAUGUUAAGGACUUUUUACCCGUGAGAGAGUGGGGUAAAGCUCAAAACAUAAAAGAUAUAAAAAUAUCAUGGUACGUUCCUGGGAAGCAAGAAGUUAAUGAGGUGCAAAAACUAUUAAACAAAUAUUUGGUCCCCGAAUUAAAUAAAUUAGACUCAUAUUCCAGUGGAGAAUUAACACUAACAAGACAGGAACUCAAACAAACCUUAAAGAUUAUUAUUUCGAUUCUGUCUUGUCAACCAUUAUUGCCUGUCUGGGAGGAACCAGUAUUUCCAUUAGUAGAAAGUGUUUUGGAUCCAUGGGCGUUUAAUUUAGUAGUGAGUGGUAGUGAUAAAGUUACCAUGCCUGAUGGUAGUAGAAAUGUUAGAAAAGUAAUUGUGGAUACGUUGCAUAGGGUCCAAAAAAAAUUAUUGGAACUGGAUGAAGGUGACACACAAAGCAUUCAGAAUAUAGUAAAUAUAUAUAACAUUGUAUUAUUUAAUAAAACGCGUGGCCAAGAUUUUGAAUUUCAUUGGAAAAGCUUUCACAUGGCAAAGAAGUUAUUAGAAGAUCGUUUACACCAGAAGAAGUUACACCUUCGUCAUGUCUUAAUCGACAGAGUUAUGUUGCAGCAAGAAUUUAGAAUAGAAAGUAGAAAUUGUUCAUUCACUGAAACACACAAACAGAUAUUGUUAGAUUUAUUUGAAUUGAGCGUCUCCAGAUAUAGUGAGAUGAGAAUUGCUGCUCAGAGUAAACUUUUCGCUGUUGUUUCAUAUUUUCCAUAUUCUUACACAGUGCUAACAGAAAAAAUUAAGGAAAUACUACAGCUGGAUUCUGAGAAAAACCACGAAAAAUUUAAAGGUUGCUUAUAUGUCUUAUUAGGGCCUAAAAGUUCUCCUAUCGUAGCCAGACAUGAUUGGCUCUUUAUAAGGCAAAUGUGGCCGUUAAUUGUUAAAUCUAUGCCUUCGGAAAAACCGUCCAUAAUUAAUCUUAUAUCGUCAGUGACUGAAGCUGUUCACAAGUAUUUUCCAACUAUAGCUAUUAAAUUGAUCAUUCCUGAGAGUACUUUAGCCACAGCUUAUAAUCUUAACAGUAAUGUUCCUAUAUGUGACCUGAGUAACUUUAGGCACGUCAUCGAUAAAGGAGAAGAAUACUUGCAGAAAAAGUCGGAGUUGAGGAGAUUGGCCUACGAGGGCACAUUAAAUGACUUGUUGGAUGCUGCGGAAGCAGGAAAUUUGCACUGGCGUUACCAUUCCAUGACUUUAAACUUUAUUAAAGACUUAGUGCAUUUUGAUGUCAACUACAAUUCCAGGAUAGUAAAAUUUUUCUUAAAAGCAUCUAUAAAUGAAUCAUUAACAAUUAGAAAAACUGCCAUGAGAGUUCUAGUAUUUAUAAUGAUACAAAACAAGCCAAAGUUUGAGAAGAUUGAAAUAGAUCCUUAUAAAUAUUCUACUUCUCCCACAGAAAGAAAACAGUUAAAACCUGGAAUUAGAGACGAUAAUAAAUGGUUACUCUAUAAUAGUAAAACAUUACCAAAAAAUGCGGAAGCUUGGGAUGAACCAAGAUUCAUUCAUGACCAGUUUACUGGUUAUUAUAAUUGGCCUAAAAAGUUGGAAGUAUAUAAUUCCCCUUCUAAACAAACUUCUGCCGCAAAAAGGAUGAAUAAUUUAAGUGACACAGAAACAGAAAUUUACAGUUUCUUCAGAAAUGAAUCAAAUAUAGAAAAACUAAUUAAAUACCUGUCUUUAGAAGAAAAGAAAGGACAUGAUCAGUUUAAUGCAUACAGGUUCUUAACUUUCAAGAACUUGUUUAAAAUAUUUGAAGACGAACUUCUUCCAAUUUUUUUACCAUAUAUAGAAAAACUAGUGCAAGAUAAAUUGGAAUCCAACCAAAGAUGUGCUGCCGAAAUUAUUAGUGCAUUAAUAAGGGGCUCGAAGCACUGGGAAUAUAAAAAAGUAGAAAAACUUUGGGCUGUACUAAUUCCAAUUUUAGAAACUGCCAUAGUAAAUAUGUGUUCAGAGACUCAGACUGACUGGGCGCUUUGUAUUACCAUGGGCAUCGAGUCGCGUGAUCCAAAUAAAUGCCACUGGCUAUUAGAAUUCCUGCUAAACGAUCCCUUGAAAGAUCCGACAUCCUUCAUAGCCUGCAGUCGUUUACAUUUACUUUGCAUAGCGAUUAAUCAACAGUCUUGGAGAAAUUCAGAAAUCUGCAAUAGAUUAUUGGAUUAUUUUAAACCACAUCUGUCUCAUCCAUUUCAAAAUAUCCGUGAAAAAAUCAGCUCUUGUCUGACUAUUAUGUUAUCCAAAGAUAUACAUUUCCCAGAGGGAAAUGAAACUGACGGUCCAAGGACUCAAGAAUUUCUUAAAGAGGUGCUGCCUAAAUUAAAUAAAUUGUAUAAUAGCAGCCUUGCAAAGCUGAGCAAUGAAAAUGGUGAGCUGAACAAGACCUGUGAUAUAAUUAGUCUAGAUUGCGAAGAGGAGAAAGAAUCUGUAAUACGACUAUUUAAGAUAGUGGCGAAGUUUGUUACAACAAAUAUGGUGAGGGUUAAUUUCUCAGCAAAACCCGAAUUCUUUGAACUGCUUCCUCUGGCGGCACUACUCCAAAAUAAUGAAAUUGAUGAAGAACUGGCAAAUAUAGCAACUAAUUUAUUGGUAGUACUUGCACAAACAAUGACAAUAGAAAAAUACAUUCCAUGUGCAAUAGGUGCCAUAAGAAAAGUUGCUAACUGUCCAUCAUGGUCAGCCAGGGCACUUAUUGCUGAGUUUUUACCAAUUUUUGUUUUUUAUAAUAUGGCCACCAUUAAUGCUGAAAAGAGUUGGGUUCUUGAGAUACAAGCUAUAGUCUUGGAACUGUUGGAAGAUGUUCAACCUGAAGUAAGAAUGGGAGCUGCCAAAGUAUUAAAUGGUCUACUUCACUGUCAGUUUAUUCCAGAACCUACUAACUUACUGGAACUUUUCAAGCAGAAAGCACUUACCAAAUUAAAACAUAAAAAUCAAGUUAGAAACAAAGAGGAUGGUGUUACAAACAAUAACAAUAAUAUGAGGACUAGGCAUGCAGGUGUUCUUGGACUGUGUGCUUUUAUAAACUCUCAUCCGUACGAUGUACCCGAUUUUUUGCCAGACGUAUUUGAACAGCUAAGACCUCAUUUAAGUGAUCCUCAACCAAUUCCAGCGACCAUUCGAAAAACUUUAGGCGAUUUUAAAAGGACACAUCAUGAUAAUUGGGAAACACAUAAGUUAAAAUUUACGGAAGAAGAAUUAUCACUCUUAAGUGAUCUCACAGUGCCUCCUAGUUACUAUGUGUAAUAAUCAUACUAACAAUAUCCAAUUUUAUGACAUGUAAAAGUAUUUAUUUACUUUUUUCUAAAGUGACUUUUUAAUUUAGGUGCAGGUUUGUUCUCAACUUGUUUGGUUACGGUUUAAGACUAAACUGUUUUUAAUUUUUGUUUUACCUAUAUAUUUUUUUACAAGUGUUUUAUAAAUCAUCAGUUUUAUUGCUUUGACUCUGAAUUAUACAUGUUGUGUUUUAUAGUACUAUUUGUAUAUUUUUAUUGUUACUCAAUCUCCGUUUUAAGACCUGUAUAUUAAAACAUUAUUUACUGCUA